UACUAGUACGUUCUGCAUUAUGAUGCCCUUGUGACAAUCGGUCCGUACGCAUUGGCUGUCUUUUCUUCCCCAAAUCCUUCUUUGAAUUGGUGGACAACAAAUCAGGAGCUGCAUAUUUGUAACGUUGGAUGACCUUUGGUGACCCUUCCAUGCGGACGCGCCGAGUGCUGAGAUACAGCACAGUUUUGGUUCGCAGAAACAGAAGAUGCCUCUAGUUUCACGGAUCAUCAGAGGUCUGAUCAGAGGUGCAGACAGAAGUAGACCAUGGAACAGUAAAAUGGGAACAAAAUACAACAACAUGGGGAGAGGUGCACCUGAACUGGUCCAGUUCAAGAAAGGCAAGAGGAUUGUAAUGAGGAAUUACAUUCCACAGUACAUAUUACCUGACCUGACAGGAUUUGAGCUGAAGCCGUACGUUACCCCCAAAGUUCCCGAGGUCCACUGUGAUCCCGUCACACCGAAGGACAUUUUUGACGUCUGCUGCGCUCCGGAAAUAGAGGCACAGUUCAAGGAAGGGGAGAUAUCAGAAUGAUAUCAUAUCGUGAAUGUAGAAAAUUUUGUUUUGAUCUGUCACUGUGAAUGCAGGAGAUUUGAGGGGAGGCACUAGAACUGACCUCCUUUUGCAGUUGCAGUACCAAAGAAUACCUAAAUAGCCACCAUCUCAUCAUGUCCACAAUGUAAAGUAACUACUAGUAUUGUAUAUAAGAAUGAUAGAAUUUGAUGGCACACUGUUUUUGUUUUUCAGAAAACAUUGUAAGUUUAGGACAGCAACUUUGUGUUUUGAUACCGAAGUGAAAGCUAUAUAUAGUUUAUGUGUAUAUGUUUCUCCAAUGGGAGAUCAUUUUUUUACUAGAAAGACAAAGAAUGUGUAUUGAAGAGCUUAAUUGUCUAUUCAGUGAAUUUUAGUCACAUAAUAUCUAACAAAAAAUAAAAUGUUAAAAGGACUUUGUAAGCAAUUAUUUCUUUAUUCAUCUCUCAAUCACAACAUGAAUCACACAUUAACUUAAGAAUCACAGGUAAGACAGAAGACUUUGUAAUAAAUGGAAUGUAGAAAAAUAGUCACUAAUAUUCUUUGAUAUGCUUGCAGCAAGUCUACCACAAAUAGUUUGCAGUUAUAAUUAGUGGUCAUUUUUCUCAGUAAAAGAUU